AAGUUGUGAGUUAAUAACACAAGCGAAUGAAAUAGUAUCAACAAACGAUCACAAUCACGUUUCGUGUUCCUUUUUGUUCAUUAAAGAACGCUUCACUCGAAUUGAACACACUUCAGUAGCGUAUACAGUUAUCAUACCAAAUGGACUAGCUUGACUUUUAUUCAUUUCUUGGAGUCCUAUCUCUUAGAAAUAUUCAUCCGAUUGCAGAUAUUAUCAUAAGUUCCAAAAUUCUGUUUCUUAUUACCAAUUUAUGCUUCGAAACAAGAAUUCAAGACACGGGCUCCAAAUGGAACUUGAUAUGAGCCGUAGAAGAGACAAAAUGAGCGCACCAUUAGCAUAGGGUGAGUGACCACGUGCGCACUGCACUGUACAUCGAUUGGUGGUGGAAAGCUUGUGUUGUGGAAAAGCGUAAAAGCAGCACGCAUCACAUGUAUAUUGAUAAGCGAAACACUUCUUUGUUGGCCCAUCCUUCUCACCGGCGGGACGCUAGGGUGAUGGAAGGGAGUUGUCUGUAUUCCUUUUUACUUGUAGUCCAAACAACACACUCUAUUCUAUAGCGUAAGAAGGCGUGUGUUUACGAGGAGAAGAUUGUAAAAAGAUGAUGAUGACGGCAAAAGGCAUGCAGCAUCGAUGCAGAGAUCCUAGCGAACUAGAAAACAGAGCUAUCGAGGAAGCCUGCGGAAGAGUGGCCAGAAUGAACGGUAACGGACGGUACAGUGUCGCCGCGCCGGUGUCCACUAACAUAAUUCAUAAUUAGAUAAAUCAAAUUUAACUCGAGAGUCGAAUGAAUGAGUGAUGGUUUGAUGAGUGUAGCGCGAAAGUCUAAUCCUAGUGUGAAUGUAGACGAAUGAUCGAGACGUACAUAGUGAGAGUGCCAGUGGAGAAUCGAUAAAGAAUGAUAAAGAAGCAAAAAACUAAAUAGACAAGAACUCGGAUCCAACAAAUGCUUCAUCGAACGAACGAAUGUUUGUACAGUACUAUGGCCUGUCCGAAGAUAGCAAAGGAAAAACAAGAGAGAGAGAAAGAGAGAGAGAUAUUCGGAGAGUGGAUUCUGAGAGCAUAGCAUCCAAGAUCACAUGAAGCAAUUUGAAUGGAAUAUGGACUAAAGAAUGUUGUAAAAUAUAGUUUAAAAGAAGGUAUAGAAUUCGUGUCGAGGGUAACAGGAGAGUGAGUCGAAUAGUCUAAUAAAUCUAAUUUAUUGGAAACAGAGUGGAUAGACAAGAAGAACAAGAGAGAGAGAAAGAGAGAGAAGGAGAGAGAGAGAGAGAGAGAGAGAGAGAGAGAGAGAGAGAGAGAGACAGUGCACAACGUGAAUGUGCUGUAAUGGCAAAUCCUUGAACAUACUCGUUACAUGUCCCAUCAUACCCGCAUACACUUUAAAAGCAUCUUGAACGUCAAAUUGCCAUUUGAUCAUUCUACCGAAGGUAUUUUGGCGAAAGAUGCGACUGGCAAAGAUAGCUUAAUGCUUCAAGGAAACCGGAAAUAGAGUAGCUAGCAGCAACGGUAACAUGGCCGUUGAAACAAAACUUGGGUAGAAGUGUUAAACAAAGCCGUCUACUGCUACCCGGAUCUGGCAAAUCCGGAGUAUAGCAAAAGAAUAGAUGGACAAACUUAGAGCAAACAAAGGAAACCGAAGUGUGUAAACAAACACAUAAAAAACAGCUCUGGCAAUGGUAGACAGGAAGCCAACCAGAAAAGGUGGUGCUAUUAUAGGAGAACUACAAUCACAUACAAAUGUGGAGAACUUGGAGGAAAAAGGAAAUAUUUGGUUUGAGAUGAGUUAAAAAAAAUCCCUGAACGAAACUAAAAUCUCCUUAUUGCGAUAAUGCGGAAAUUAUAGGACGACGAAUUUGGAUUGAUCAGAGGAUGUAGAAGCGGCAGCGAACCGAAGUAUUGGUGCACCUCAAAUGCAAAAAAGCACGAUGGCAUGUUAAACAUGUUAACACGGAAUCCUUUCGGGAAGAAAGCAAUAGGAAAGAAUCAAUAGGGACGCAUCAACAGAACCGAUAUACACAAACACAAACACUCUCAGAAACAGAAACUGUGCGUAAAGGUUACGCAGCACACUGGAAUGACUGAUUGCCCAAAGAAGUGCAUAAGUUACAGAGAGAAGAUAUAGAAACGCAUAGGGGAGAUUUGGUGAGAGAAAAAGAAAAUAGAGAAGAAAAGGAGAGCAAAAUGAAGCGAAAGAAAGCACGGUUGAGGAAAGGAAAUAGAAUGCGCAACAGUAAACACACAAAAGCCAAGGUGUCAGCACAGAAACCAAAGGUGCGUUGUAUGGCGCAGGUUUUCCAUCGAUUGUUGUGCAACCUUGAAAUGGAGCAAAAGAUGGAAAACAAAUUAAAAUCAUGCAUGAGAAUUCAAAGCUAGCAAAACAAAUUCGAACUUUUUAGUUAGUUAUUUCUCGAUGUCUUUCGUUUUGUUCAAUUCGAAUACACCCUUUCUUUGCCCUCUGAUUGCCAACCCAAUGGGAACGCCGAACGAGCGAGUAUGGCCAUCCCGGACGAGACGAGAACGGCAAAGCAUAGUGCACCGUGGACCGAGGGCAAGGCGAUAAACGCAGCUUGUGAAGAUGGUGUUAUGGCGAAACGUGCUCACGAAGCCUGCGACUCGGACCUCGAGUUGUUGAUCAGUCUUUUUGUUUGAUUUGUUUUCCACUUGGAAGAGCUGCAUUCGAGAAGCAAGAUAGGAAGAUAGAAAGAGACGGUGACGGAGGCUUUGCGUGCCCUCGGAUCGUCGGUUUACAAAGGACGUUGGGAGUGUUUAAAGGAAUGCAAACAUCCCUAGCAUGCAAAAGACAUGUUCACGAACUGAGAGUUUCUGAACAAUUGCAACAAGAACAGCAACCAAUAGUACUACAUACACACACAUACACACACAGCUUGAUCCGCGAGGAACCGACGGACUGGGGUGCGUCUUAUGUGACGACGCUGGAAAUGGAAAUGUUAAUGUUUAAAUUUUUUCAUGUUUAUUUGAAAAGAGUGGAAAAACGAGAACAAAACGUUUCAGUUGAUGGAAAAAAUAGAAAAAAUAAUAAAAAAAAAUGCCAAAAA